CCGAUAGUAAUCCUACAUUUUGAGGGGUUUGUUUUUUUCUAAAUUCCACAUGUCGGACAUGCUCUGAGACACUGGUCGGACUCGCAUUUUACUCCUGUAUUUUAUUUGGCGACCUGCAGGUUAUUUUUAUUUGGCCGGAGCGCAGCGGGAGCAGGACAACCUCACAGCCUCAGGAUGAAUAUACCUGCAGUCAUGUUGCUCAUCCACUUGACCCACAAUCAUUUGAAAGCUCUGGAGACCAGCAGGGUGGAAGGAGGGGUUAGAUGCCCUCUUGGCCAAUUCCCAUGUGGAAACAUGAGUGAGUGCCUCCCUCAAGUUUUGCAGUGUAAUGGACACAAAGACUGUCCCAAUGGAGCUGAUGAGAGACAGUGUGGGGACAACAUCGGAUGGGCAGAUUUAUUUGCCCGCACACUACAGAAGACUAACCCUGUGGACCAGUACUUCCUCAAUGAGUGUUUAUUGCAGGAGUUUCCAGAGAGCUGUGACUGCAUACAGACAGAUGUUGAGUGCGUGGAGGUCAGCAUGCAGGAUGUUCCGUCGCUCUCGCCAAAUGUUACCUGGCUGUCCCUGAGGAGCAAUGAGAUCCGAGUGUUGUCCGAUUUUGUUUUCUCAGAAUACUCUGCCCUGGAGAGACUGUUUCUGCAGAACAACAGCCUCCACUUCAUAUCUAAGCAUGCAUUCAGCGGUCUGCACAAUCUAAAGAGGUUGUUUCUCAGUGAGAACUUAAUCUCCUUCCUCAGUCCCGGUGUGUUCAGGGAUCUAAAUCAAUUGGAGUGGCUGAUGUUGGACCAUAACCCGCUAAGCAGCUUGUCCCAGGACACCUUCACUGGGCUCCAGUCUCUCAUGUAUUUGUCCAUGGUGAACACUUCACUGCAGCAGCUUCCUCAUCCAAGCUUCUGUCAACACAUGCCUGCCUUGGACUGGCUGGAUCUUGAGGGAAACCAGAUUCAAACUCUUAACUACUCUAUCUUAAAGACAUGCAGCAAGCUUGAAGUUUUGUUACUGAUGGACAACAGGAUUACGACAAUUCCCGAAAACACCUUCCAGUCUCUGUGGAAGCUGGCCGAACUGGAUCUGUCUAGGAACAGGAUUAGGGAGCUGCCAAAAAACACCUUCAAGAGUCUCUCCAAAUCCCUCCUUAAACUAAAUAUCUCCCAUAAUCCUCUCCUCCGCAUUCAUCCAAGCCAUUUCCACCACCUGACACAUCUUCAGUCUCUAGCGCUGGAGGGAAUUGAGAUCGCAGAUAUUCAGACUAAGGUGUUUCUUCCCAUGAAGAACCUCUCCCACAUCUAUUUCAAGACGUUUCAGUACUGUUCCUAUGCACCUCAUGUGAGGUCCUGUAAACCCAACACAGAUGGCAUCUCUUCUUUUGAGGACCUCCUGGCUAACAUGGUGCUGCGGGUGUCUGUCUGGGUCAUGGCCUUCAUCACCUGCUUCGGUAACCUGUUUGUCAUCGGCAUGAGGUCGCUGAUUCGUGCUGAGAACAACCUGCAUGCUGCCUGCAUCAAAGUUCUCUGCUGUGCUGACUGCCUCAUGGGCGUGUACCUAUUUUUUGUUGGCGUAUCUGAUGUAAAAUUCCGCGGUCAGUACAACCGUAACGCCCUGCUGUGGAUGGAGAGUGCAGAGUGUCGGACCAUUGGAUUCCUGGCCAUGCUCUCCUCAGAGGUGUCUGUUCUCCUCCUGACCUACCUGACUCUGGAGAAGUUCCUUGUCAUUGUUUUCCCUUUUAGCAAUUUGCGCCCAGGCAAAUUUCAGACAGGGGUGGUCCUGGCUUCGAUCUGGUUGCUGGGGUUUAUUAUUGCAGCCGUGCCCCUAAUGAAUGAGGACGUCUUUGGGAACUACUACGGACGUAAUGGGGUCUGCUUUCCCCUGCACUCUGACAGGCAAGAAAAACCUACUGCCAAAGGAUAUUCCACAGGGAUUUUUCUGGGUCUAAACCUGGUGGCUUUCCUGGUGAUUGUAUUCUCCUACUCCAGUAUGUUCUGCUCCAUCUAUAAAACCGGCAUCAAUGCCACCGACCUGAGGAGCAGACUGCACAGAGAUGUGGCUGUGGCCAACAGGUUUUUCUUCAUCGUGUUCUCUGAUGCCCUCUGCUGGAUUCCUAUAUUUUUGGUGAAAGUCCUCUCGCUGCUGGAGGUGGAGAUACCUGGCACUAUCUCCAGCUGGGUUGUCAUCUUCAUCCUUCCCAUCAACAGUGCCUUGAACCCCAUCCUGUAUACCUUGACCACCAGCUUCUUCAGAGAGCAGGUGGAAGUUUUACUCUGUCACUGGCAGAGGAGACAUACAUUGAAGAAAGACCGCAAAAGCCUUACCUCGUCCACAAUCUUUAUGGAGACGUCACGGGGUCUGUGCUACCAGCAACCCGUUUACCUCCAGCAGGUGUCACUUAUAAGCACAGAUCCUCGCUAUGCCUGAUGAUGUAUUUGUAGAGAUACAGCAUUAUGUAAGCUACUAGUCCUUUUUUAUUGUUUUACUCCAUCUUUAAGAACAAAGCGUCAACAAGACUUCAACAGACUUUUGCUUGGAAAUAAUUAGCAGUCACUGUGCCGUCUCAUCACGCUCUGACAUUUAUAAACUGUGAUGACAACCCCAGAAACACACGCCAACCACCCUCAACAGAUGACUGCCUCAUCAUGCCAUUCAAGCUCCUUGUUGACUUUAUAUUUGCAAUGAAAUUUGAAAUGAAACCAUUUCCAUUUAUUCACUCACUUUCUUCCUUCCUUCUUCAUAAGGUGAUACAGGUACAUCCUGGAGAGUCAUGCAGAGGCAGACAUCCACCAAUGUUCACAUUCACACCCACAUCCAGGGUAGAAUCACCAAAUAUCCUAACAUGAAUAUAUUUGGACCCAAAUACAAAUAGUACCCAAAGAGAGCCCAUGCAGGCCAGACCUUUUUGCUUUGGGGCAAAAGACCUAACCACUGUAGCACUUUACCACUUGAAUUAAUAAAAUAUAACGAACAUAAUAUAAAAAUUCAAGAUCUUACAACUGGUCCAGUCAUAAUUUAGAAAAUAUACUGUUAAUGUCAAGCCAUCCUGAGGAUGGCACAGACCAUAAAACGGGUGUCAAACAUAGGGUCCAGGGGCUAGAACUGGCCAGGCAAAAACACCAAUCCCAUUGGAUUGCUUUGGGGAAAUUGAAGGAGAUCAUAAUUCUUGGACUUUUUACCAUACUUUCAUAAGUUUUACAGCUUUUUUCUACUGAUAAAGACCACGCUCCCCACUUCCUCCCAGUGAAAACAGAACUUUUCCUGGAAAUUAACAAUAGCUAUCUUUUUUAAUGAUAGUCUGGGCAAUGAG